CGCGGCAUCAAACUAGUUAACGAACUAGCGACUUCUUCGACCUGAAACGCCGACAGAAGGGCAGAAGGGAGGGAGGGAAGAAGGAGACGGAGAGGGAGAAGAUGACGACGGCGGUGACGAAGAAGAUGAGGGAAAUAUGAUACGUACCAGCUUCAGUGCGGCGAGCCAUGAUCUUCGUGCUUUGGCUGGCUCGCGGCGAAGGGCGAGGAGUCGGACAAUUGCCCACGCAACUAGACAGACAGUCAACGGGUCAGCACCGAGAUGGAGAGCAUAGCGAAUAGCUAGUUCUGGAAGCACAUUAUUACAUACCUGCAAUGCCCAGGGGAGGUAAGGUCAGAAUGCUUUCUUCGAAGAGGAGAGUGAAGUCGAAUCCUCCGAGACAUGAGCCAGCCACUGAGGGUCCGAACACGUCCUCGACCUCAAUCGAGCAUGCCAUUGCAAGGAGUAAAGCAGAGCAGCUAGUCACAGAGCCGGACUCCCAAACGAAAAAUCACAAAGGAAAAAGAGGAUGUAGUCCUUCUAAAUGCACCAGACUUCAGGGGACGAUAAAGAAGGGGGCCAUUUGGCACUUGUCUCGUUUUCGAAGAGUCGCACAGAGUGCGAGGGAUAUCAACCGUCUGUUUCCAUCAGCUCUAAUUGAGCCAAUGUUACGGAGUACUAUAGUUGGUUACCUGGACCAGGGAUGGUGACUUGAAAGGGGUCUAGAUAGGGUGCAGUCGGUCCCGGUAAAGGAUGCUUCCCUUUUGGAUGUGGAGGCUAUCAGUCUCACUGGUUUAUACUUGCAAGUUAUCGCGCCGGCUGUUAGGAUGCAAGCUUUGCCAUUUGCAGCCGUACAGACGGACGAAGCAUCCUGAACUCGUUAGUUUACUUGCUUGUUAUUUUAGUUAACAGGGCUACUAUUGACAGGGAUACUCCGUCCUG